UGAACGGAAAUCGUUUGCUCUCAAAAUAGUCUCAGUUUUGUUACUUUCCAAAAUUUUGGAACUGCACUCCCUUAAAUUUUUAACUUAAGCAGAAUAAAUGGUGCAGUUUUUCUUAGUACAUCAUAAAAAAUUGUUUCGUCAUCUAAAUGCUUGUUCAAUCUCUUCGUAAAAUACAUCUUUUGUAAGGGGAGUUGACGGUCAAAAUUCUGCUGUGUCGGUUUGUGGCGCGCCAUCUGACUGUGUGUAAUCCACGUAUGCAUUCAAUCCAUUGAUUGAGCGCGUCGUCAGCAGGUUUAGGUCAUCGUUGUUUGUGUUGACCAACACCGCCGGACAGUGAUAAAAUGGCUGAUUUAGUAACAAGCUUAUCCGGCUUCAUCUUUCCAGAUGUUUUCCAAGCUCUCGAUAGUUCCGACGUGGAAUUGGACAAUGAGACUGAGCUGAGAAGCUCAGAUCAGCAGAGCGCCCUCAACAUCGACUACAACACCAGUACCGCUUUUCUUCAGGAAUCUUUGACUCUGAAUUCCUCGCUAGACAUCAGUCAAGAGGUGACCAUCGACAUGGAGGAAAAUGAAGAAAUCCCGAUUACGCCCACUAAGCCCCCUGUACGCCUACCGGCUCUUAGCCCAAUCACACCCACAGCUAACCUCAAGGUACUAAUGAGCGCAGCAAGUCCAGACAUCCGUGUUUUAGACACCAAGCGACAGAAGAAAGCACUGUUUAAUGCCAUCGCUGAUCAUGCGUCUUUCUUGAAAGAGCAGCAAGUUGUUAGAGGAGUUAGGAUCCAGGAUGAUGGGACAGAAACAGGGAGCUUAUCCCAGGGAGAGGAUGGGAUUGAGGAGGAUGGAGAUAAACCGAUCAAUAGAAAGUCCAAAUCUCUCGGUCUCUUAUGUCGAAGGUUUUUAUCCAGAUACCCAGACUAUCCUGAACAUGGUAUUGCAAUGGCAAUUUCACUGGAUGCUAUCUCCAAGGACUUGGGAGUCGAGCGUCGAAGAAUCUAUGACAUCGUGAACGUCUUAGAAAGUAUAGAGAUGGUCAGUCGAGUUGCCAAGAAUAAAUAUCUAUGGCACGGUAAAAUGAACAUGGAUCCCACUCUAGCGAGACUAAAGUGUUUGGGAAAGAAGAAACGUUACUCGGAUCAAAUCGCCCACCUUAAGAAGCUCCAGAUUCAGAACGAGUACAGGGACGAGUUGGAUCUUUCAUCCAAGCUGCCGUUCAGAGACAUCAGUAACCUUGGCAACCACACACAGGAUAAUGACGAUAUCAAGAAGGAAUUCAACAGAUUUGAUGAUAAAGAUGAUCUGAAUAGUCGCCGAGACAAGUCUCUUGGUGUGAUGAGCCAGAAGUUUAUUAUGCUGUUUUUGGUUUCUCAGGCUAAAGUAAUCACCCUUGAUAUUGCAGCAAGGGUCUUAAUUGGUGACAUCAACUAUGAAAUCCGGGAAGGAUCCAAAUUUAAAACCAAAGUACGACGUCUUUAUGACAUAGCAAAUAUCUUAACGAGCUUAGAGAUGAUUGAGAAGGUACAUGUACAGGAAGGGCGGGGCAGGAAACCGGCCUUCAGAUGGGUGGGGCCUAACCCUGACACCAGUCAUGUUGACCCAAAUGAUGUCUGUAUUGAGAAUGAAGCUCCAUCGAGACAGUCUUUCUUCUCAACCCCAGCAGCUCCCCUUCUGACGAUUCCAGUCCAACCAAAAGAGCCAGUAGAGGUCCCCGCCGUAUCACCACCCAAGGGUAGCACUAAGAAGGAACCCUGGUGCCGUCACGCAUCGCUCAAUGCAAUAUGUGAAGUGGCAGAGAGAGAGAGGAGAUCUUACUCCUCAGCACCGAGCAGUCCGGUCAAAGAGAACCAGGGUGAUCAAACUGGAAUUGCACCCACAGACGAUAAAUUUCGCCAGGACUUUGAAGCUCUGCGCUCCAAGUACCCGAAUCAAAUGUCCAAAAUCUACGUCUCCGAUAAUGCUGAUGUGAAUCAACAAGAAUCACCAGAUCAAUCAGAGUCAGGCACGUACUUCUCUACCAGUCUAGGGUCAGAGACUGAUGAGGGUAUACCAAGCAGUCAGUGCACUAGUUAUGCUGUACCCGUGUCUAGUCCCCUGUAUACCCAUAGAGGGGCAUCUUCCUUCACUCCUAGGGUCAUGUCGUCCCCAAUGCCAGGGUCAUGCCCAAUGAGUGAAACUCCACACGGUCUGGUCUCGUUCCCCGUAUCAUUCAAUGUAAUCAAAUCAGGCAGUCCAGGGGGCACCAUUGUACCAAGCCCAGGCAGAGCGUCCGUACCGUUAUCAUCAGACGCCCAGUAUGUCCUGGGUGGAUCCUCUGCCACAUCCCCAAGCCAGUUCUCUCUCUUAACAAGUACUAGUAAAGCAGUACACUGGAGUGUAGACCAACACGAUACUUCAAGGCGAAGUAAGCGCACCUUCAAACAUGCCACCAAUGCUGAGUUUGAGUACCAACCGAUAGUCAAGGGAAUUAAGGUGGAAGGCACCUCGGCUCUCCAGCGGUGCUGCCAGGAUCUCGCUAGUCAGAUCAAACCAGGUCAAACUCGCAUCAUCAAAAUACCGGUCAAUGGAACAAUACUGCCACAACCUACUGGUGGAAAGACCAUGCAAGCUAUCGUUAUUAGAAAGGAUGUGUCAGUACUGAAUAACAGUCCAAACUCAGCGUUAAAAUCUCUUGAGAGAGGUUACAAUGGUGAGAUAAAAAGUGAAGCUCCUUCUGUACAGCAUACUUCAAGGACACCUGAGUCCUUCUCGGAAGGUCAUUACGGUGAUGAAUCCAAGCAGAACAGUACCCCAGAUAUCGUAGACGCUGGUGGACACAACAGCGAUCUCAACGCCAUGCAGCAAACAACUACUCAGCAGGGACCAACGACCUCACUGCAAGUCACCGUACCCACCACCGAAAGCCUCGCCAAGAUAGACAGCAUCACACCAAGUGCAGGCAUUCAACAACUGUUUCAUGAGCAGCUGGGAAAGAGACAUGGCACUCACCAGCCACCGAGGAAUGGAGACACCAAACAGCAGUUGGACAAAACAGGAAACUAAAAUCAGGAAGACGAGAAAGCUAUCGCCACGGCACCAAGGGCAUCAACCUACACGUCGGAUCCUCCCCAAGGCU